AUGGAGCAGCGCUGGGACUUCUUGUCUCCGUGGUGCUCCGUCCUGCGGGGCCGAGUGUCGUACACAGUGUUCCUGCAGCCCAAGGAGUCCUGGAACGAGCUGGCGCGCAAUCUCUUCGGGGAGCACAACCCCCAGGGCCCUCCGUACUACAACGACGCCGAGUUCCAGGGCCAUUUCCAGCGGAUCCGCGACGCUCUGGCACUCUUAGCUGCAGUCGCGUCUUUUGACAAAAGUGGGUGGAGGUUCCUGCUCGAGACAAAAUGCGGAGUGAAGUUCGGGGAAUCAGGUAAAGAAAUGUUCGAACAAGACGUGGAAGUGCGAUUUUUGCUGGGGAUGGCUGAGGACAGGAAGAGAUAUUCGGAAUAUUUGGAGCAGGAUAUUGUCAGGUUCUGUGGACUGCAGCAACGUACCGACCCAAGUCCGGAGUAUUUGAAGGCGCUGGGGAAAAUUGCAGCUUUAAGGGGCGAGUUGACCCGUAAAUAUCGUGGGCUGGAUGUGAAAAUUCCGGUGCACGUGGUUUUUACGACCUCUAUUUACAAGAGAGAGAAGCUGAAGGACGGGUGUUUGGACCCACUCAAGAGCAUUCAAGCAGCUAAGAAGGUGGUGAGAGAGCAGUGGCAAGAUUAUGAGGAGAGUGAAGACCCAGUCGUGGAGCGCGGGGAGAUUCGAUGCACUUUCGUCCUAGAGCCGAUGCGUGAGGUUGCGAGAUUGUCCGCGAGGGUGAUGGUGAUGCAUGAUGGGCGUGAGUAUCGCGAUAGGAGAAAGAUGCUUGGCAAGUUUUACUCACGCGUCUUCGAAAGUUCUCGUCGAGCGAGCACUUUGGGUCUCCAGCUGGUGAAUAAUCCGAGUAGCCCCCUCCAGAUCGACACGCUGUACCUGAACUUCUCAGACUCUAUGAUGGCGUACGACUUCGAGUCGAUGCUGUCUGCUAUGGUUGUUUGCCAGACAGUACGUAAGCUCCACUUUAACUUGUGGGCACAUCCGCACCACCCCAGAAUCAGCGGCCACCGGUGGGAGUGGCUCGCCGCUGAAGACAUGAGAGGAUUCACGAAUAUCCUGGAGUCGGAUCACCCGGAGAACGAAGUCUGCUUCGGAGAUCUACCUGCUGUAAUUGAAGACAGAGACGCAACCCUGAAGGCAGGCUCGCCAUUUCACUGGAAGUUCGAGACGAAUGGGCAGCCUAUAUUGGACGUCGAUGAUAUUGUUCUGGAGUCUCCGAUCCCGUCCGUUCGAGUCUUUAGUGACGACGGAAAAAGCGAGUGGGUGAACGUGCUUAUCCCUGGGUUCGGUCGGUGCCAUGUCGAGCGUAAGAACUUAGAGUUUACCCCGUCCAGCACGCCAGCGUCUAUCACGAGUGGCCUACCUCGGUUUCUGAGGAUGGUCGGGGCCUCGUUGAAGUCGUUGACGCUAGCUGGACCAAGAAUGACGGUGGACGUGAACGAGAUUCUUCAAAGUUGUCCCGUUCUGGAAGAGCUGUCCCUUUGUGGCGUCUCCGUAGACGUUCGCUUCAACUUCAGCGAGUAUCGUGCCAAGCAUGAAGCGAUACCAGUGCUGAACUGCGAUUGGGAAAACUGUCUGGAGGUCGCCCGGUAUCUGAGCGACGUAGCCAACCCGCUCGUGAAGUGUGUGCGUCGAGAUGUUAUUCUUGAACUGUCAUCUCGAGUAUCUCGAUGUGCGCGUACCAUCGCUGGAUGUCCGUACAUCUACUCGUGCAAGGAAUGCCAUCUCGCUCCGAUCAAUCGCCCGCUGAAGCUACCGACGCCAAUCAAGCUCGCGUUUCUGAGUGUUUUGUUGGCGAAGUGCCCGUCAGCACUAGCGAGCAAAGCCAAGAGACACACGGCGUCGAGACCCCACUCUGUCAUCUGUGAACUGGAUAAUAAUGUUAUCUCCAAGGUGUUCGCGUUCACAGCACCUCCCGCUCUCCGCGAAGUAUACUUGCAGAAGGAGUAG